CGCGCACGCCGGGCGACUCGGCAGCAUGGCGUCGGUGUCGCUGAGCGAGGCGGAGAAGGUGUACAUCGUGCAUGGCGUCCAGGAAGACCUGCGCGUGGAUGGCCGUGGCUGCGAGGACUACCGGUCUGUCCAAGUGGAAACUGACACGGUGUCUAACACCAGUGGAUCUGCCAGAGUCAAGCUGGGCCACACGGACAUCUUGGUGGGAGUGAAAGCAGAAAUGGGGACACCGAAGCUGGAGAGACCAAAUGAAGGCUACUUAGAAUUCUUUGUUGACUGCUCGGCCAGUGCCACUCCUGAAUUUGAAGGUCGAGGAGGCGAUGACCUUGGCACUGAGAUUGCUAACACGCUCUACCGGAUAUUUAACAAUAAAAGCAGCGUUGACCUGAAGUCCUUGUGCAUCAGUCCUCGGGAGCACUGCUGGAUCCUCUACGUGGACGUGCUGCUGCUGGAAUGUGGCGGAAAUUUAUUUGAUGCCAUUUCCAUUGCCGUGAAGGCUGCUCUCUUCAGUACAAGGAUACCAAAGGUUCGUGUUAUGGAAGAUGAAGAGGGGACAAAAGAUAUUGAACUGUUUGAUGACCCAUAUGACUGCAUCCGGCUGAAUGUGGAGAAUGUCCCCUGCAUUGUCACGCUGUGCAAAAUCGGCUGUCGACACGUGGUGGACGCCACCCUUCAGGAGGAGGCCUGCUCCUUGGCCAGCUUGCUGAUGUCCGUGACCAGCAAGGGGGUCGUGACAGGCAUGAGGAAAGUGGGCAAGGGCAGCCUGGACCCGGAGAGCAUCUUUGAAAUGAUGGAGACCGGCAAGCGCGUGGGCAAGGCGCUGCACGCCUCCCUGCAGAGCGUCCUGCACAAGGAGGAGAGCCUGGGGCCCAAGCGGCAGAAAGUCGGAUUCCUGGGCUGACGGCACACCCCGCCCUCAGCGGUAGAUCGCUCUUGACCCCUCCUUUCACAUCCACAUUUGUAUAUAUCUUUCUUAACUGUUAAGACUUUAAGGUUAACACAUUUGUACAGGUAAAAUGAAAGUCUAUUUUCUGGU